CGGCUUUGGGUGACGAAGGGUUCGCCCUCCCCUUUGUGUUCCAGAGGCACCGUUUCCCAACUCCAAAUGAAGAAAUGUGGAACUCCCAAGUCGGACGGCCCCCUUUCGCUCUCUCAGUUGCUGUCGGCAGUUGCAGAGACAGACGUUCGCUCGGUGUGCGAGGUUUAUUUUUAGCGAGCGUCUGGGAAACUACCGUACGUGAUUUUCCAAGCGCACUUAAAAUGUGCCAUUUAAUAGCUAGAUAGAAGAAAAACAAGAAGUCGUCUCCGGACGACUAUUUUUUACUUGGUUCUUUAAAUAUAAAGAGGUUUCGACGUGGCAUGCCAUAGUAUAUUGCUAAAUCUAACUUCAACACAAAUAAACUUUACAUAAAUGGCCGUUUUCACUCGCAUAGCUGGGCGGAUUUGACGAAGAAGUACCAGUUCCACAGCCGGAUUUACUUCAUCGCCAUCCAGUAACACAAAUAUAGCCGCUUAAUGAAACAGCGGCGGGCGUAAUCUUGCUGUAUCCAUCUGGGGCUUCUACCUCGGAUUACAUCGCCUGAAUUGAGGAUGGAGAGCUCAUCCCGCUAACCCUUCUUCGGGAGAGCGGACAUCUCCGGGUGUGCGUGGCGGAGCGGGACUCUCCCCGUGUUCGGCCUGUGCGAACUUCAGCUCCAGGUAAAAUGGGGUGCGGGUUGAGGAAACUGGAAGAUCCCGAAGACAGCAGUCCCGGGAAAAUCUACUCCACCCUGAAGAGGCCGCAGGUGGAGACGAAGACCGACACAGUGUACGAGUAUGUUCUGCUGGACUUCAGUUUAGAAGGUAGUCGCCCCACGGUGCAGUGCCUGUCCUCGCUGUGUGAUCUUCCCCAGGCCCUGCAGCCCUACUACACGCAGGGCUACGUCCUGGCCGCGCUCCAUCCCAUAAUCCUCUCUGUGGGGCGAACGCGAGCGCUGCCCGUCAGCCUGCUGUACCGCGCCAUCCUGACCCGGCCCCGCCCAAGUAAGCAGGUGGUGCCGAUGUGCCACAGCGUGCCUGUGCUGAGGGUGGAGGAGUGGCCUCUACCGGGGGACUCGCUGACGGGCGACACCGUGAGAGCGCUCAUCGACAGGGUGAACAGCAGUGCGAGGGGGGGUGUGAGGUUUGUGGGCUCCGUCCUCCAGCAGGUGGGAGGGGGGUCCCACAGCUGCAACGGGAGGGGUCCCAGCCCCAGGCGGGGUUGUCGGUCCCCUCCCCGGACUCCGCCCCGAACUCCGCCCCGGACCCCGCCCGGAGACGGGGACCCAGAGGAGACGGGCUACAGCCCCGACCUGGUGCUGCUGGUGUUCUUCCACUCCUGGGCUCCGGGCUGCACCCCCCUCGAGUCCCUCGCCUGCUGCUACCACCAGGGGGCGCUGUCCAUGCGGGUGUCGCGCAAGGGCCAGGUCGUCAGCGCGCUGGAGGCGGAUUGGCUGGAGCUCACCGCCUCGUACUACCGGAAGGGCUGGUCAUUGGUGGACUCCUUCGUGUACUGGGACACGCCCAAAGGGGAGCCGGUGCCCAGGUCUCUGGAGGGGCUGUUUGUGUACGAGGAGCGCAACCCCCCCCCCCCGGCCAACGACACCAUCGUGGUGGAGCAGUGGACCGUCAUCGAGGGUUCGGAUGUGAAGACGGACUACGGGCCCCUCCUUCACACGCUGGCCGAGUUCGGCUGGCUGCUCACCUGUGUGUUACCCACACCUAUCAUCCGCCAUGACAGUGAGGGCAAUUUGGCCACCAAGCAGGUGGUGUUCCUGCAGAGGCCGGUCAGAGGUGAAGCAGCAUCGCAGCGGAACCAGGCGGUAGCGGGACCGUCCCGCAGCGAGGUGUCCAGUCGCUCCGUGAGUCGGGGGGUGGGCGUGGCCUCCGCCCCCCCGGAGGACCUGACCCCGUGCGCGGGGGGGAUAGGAGGGUUCCCCGUCUUCGGCGGGGGCUACCCCAGCGCCCUGUCCCACCUGGAGGACGGGGGCUUCGAGCAGGACGACGGGGCGGCGGAGGUCACCUGCAUGUGACCCCGCGGGGGACGCGGACGCGCACGCGUCGCACGCCCGAACAACCACGCGCUCCCUCUCCCAUCCCCUCCCCAGAGGGAGCUUAGAUUAGCCCCAGAACUCUCGCCACUUUUCUUCCUUUAUGAAGCCAUACUCACCCCUGAGAAAAGGCCAAAGGCCUUAAAUAUAUAAACACCCCUGUCAGGAGGACUGUGCUAAACUAAUCACCCUCUCACAGUGUUGUUUUGGCCCAGCAGUGCACUUUUUGGUGAAAGCUCCAUACUCAGACGGACCGGGUUUGCAUGGGUACAUCAGUCUCGUACCGUAGCACUCUGACACACAUUUAACGCUCCGCUCCUGUAGCUCUGACUCCGCUCGCAGGCCAUCUCUGCUGUAUGGGGCUCAGACGGUUUGAUCUGGUGGCGCCUUGUCUGUGAGCUCUCAACAGUGAAGCAGGAAGUGAACGAUGGUGGUGG